AUGCCUUCCGUCAGGAAUAUGGCCUGGGGCCUGCUCGCUGCUGCGGCAGUUGCCUCCGCUUCAGAUGUCACCCAGCUGAAGAAGGACACCUUCGACGAGUUCGUCAAGGAGAACGAUAUUGUUCUUGCAGAGUUCUUCGCACCAUGGUGCGGCCACUGCAAGGCCCUCGCCCCAGAAUACGAAGAGGCCGCCACGACUCUGAAGGAGAAGGACAUCAAGCUCAUCAAGGUUGACUGCACAGAGGAGUCUGAGCUCUGCCAACAAUACGGUGUUGAGGGAUACCCUACCCUCAAGGUCUUCCGUGGCCCAGAGAACAUCACCCCCUACAAGGGCCAGCGCAAGGCGUCUGCCAUCACAUCCUACAUGAUCAAGCAGAGCCUUCCCGCAGUCUCCGUCCUCACUGCCGAUACCCUCGAGGACUUCAAGAAGGCUGACAAGGUCGUCCUCGUCGCCUACUUCGAUGCCUCUGACAAGGCCUCCAACGAGACCUUCACCAAGGUCGCCGAGAAGCUCCGCGACAACUACCCCUUCGGCGCAAGCAGCGAUGCUGCGCUUGCUGAGGCUGAGGGCGUCACCGCUCCCGCUGUUGUUCUGUACAAGGAUUUCGACGAGGGCAAGACUGUCUUCUCGGAGAAGUUUGACGUUGAGGCCAUUGAGAGCUUCGCCAAGACCGCCGCCACCCCCUUGAUUGGUGAGGUUGGCCCUGAGACCUACUCCGACUACAUGUCCUCCGGCAAGCCCCUGGCCUACAUCUUCGCCGAGACCCCCGAGGAGCGCAAGGAGCUCAGCGAGGAGCUGAAGUCCAUCGCUGAGGCUCAACGUGGUGCCGUCAACUUCGCCACCAUUGACGCUAAGCAGUUUGGUGCUCACGCCGGCAACCUGAACCUCAAGGCCGACCAGUUCCCUGCCUUCGCCAUCCAGGACACUGUCAAGAACCAGAAGUUCCCCUACGACCAGGAGAAGAAGAUCGUCGCCAAGGACAUUAAGAAGUUCGUUGAGGACUUCGUCGCUGGCAAGAUCGAGCCCAGCAUCAAGUCCGAGCCCAUCCCUGAGAAGCAGGAGGGCGUGACUGUUGUCGUGGCCAAGAACUACGAUGAGAUCGUCAAGGACGACACCAAGGAUGUCCUGAUCGAGUUCUACGCUCCCUGGUGCGGUCACUGCAAGGCUCUUGCUCCCAAGUACGAGGAGCUGGCCGCGCUGUACGCCAACUCCGAGUUCAAGGACAAGGUCACCAUCGCCAAGGUUGAUGCCACUGCCAACGACGUCCCCGACGAGAUCCAGGGCUUCCCUACCAUCAAGCUCUACGCGGCCGGUGGCAAGGACUCUCCUGCCACCUACAGCGGCUCUCGCACAAUUGAGGACCUGAUUGAGUUCAUCGCCGAGAACGGCAAGUACAAGGCCAAGGUUUCCGUCGCUGAGGAGGAGGAGACCCCUGUGGCUCCUGCGGCUACUGAGAAGACUGAGGAGGCCAAGGAGAAGGAGACGGAGCACGAUGAGCUGUAG